AUGUCACAAGCAUCCUCCCUCCUUCCGCCCUGGGCAAGCCGCGAGUACCGGUUCCCGUCAGAGGGCGAGCGCGAUCACUUCGCUUCGCAGUAUGGAGAGUUCAUCAUCAAGAUGCUGAAGAGCGAAAACUGGGACGAGUUUGACAGCAGGGACGCGGUCGUCCGCAUGGCUAAAGCGUACAUCAAGGAGAUGUAUGAGGAUCCAUACUACGACGUUCCCGCCCCCAGGGUAUACGACCCCGCGACCUUGACCGAAGCCCAUUUCGUCUUCUGGGCACAUACCUCGUCAGGGAGACAGGAGGUCGAGGAGUGGAGAGACCUCCGAGGAAUCAUCUACAAGGCCUUCGCAGCUCCCCGCUUCCUCCGCGAAAUCCUCACCAGAGGUACUCGACUACACUCCGAGUGGUCGAGUGGAGGAGUCCGACUCACCGCCGCCCAGGAUCUGGCGACAAUAAUGCUGCGAUCUGAGACGGUCGUUUUCACGGAGGAGGACAUUUCUGACUGCAUAUGGUGGGGCGGCCGAUUCCAUGAAAGACAGGACAAGAUCGAUGAAUAUGUCUUCAAAGUACAAGACAAUUUCGACCAGGACUUCCCUGUCACCGGGAUGGAUUUCCGUGGCAAAACCCAAUUCACCAUGCGGCCCGGACAGGAGAACAAGAUCUUCGCCCCAUGGUACGAUCUUGGCCAGAUCGGAUACCACGACAUCCCUGACUGGCCCGCAAAUUCGAACAUCGCUUCGCGAUUGAUGACCGACCUGCCCGCCGAGCUCAUGCUCAUCGUUCUUGAAAACCUCUUCAAGUUCGAUCAAGACAUCCACAUUGUCUUCGACCACGACGAAGACGAAUACAUCUUCAUUGUGGAGCGGGAGCAACACCUGAAGGAGUUCCCGCAAGGGCUCCAGGGUGUAGAGAUGCCAAUGGGCAAUUUCUGGAAGCUGCCAUACUGUCACGAAUUCUUCGCCUUUGGGGCGACUGGAGAGGCGAACCGCGCGAUGAUGAUGGGCGUGUUCCACAGGAACAAGUUCAUCGUACAUGAUGACUAG